CUAGUAUUCUCCUUUAUAUAGUGAGAGAGAGAGAACGCAAAUGCGCCAAGCUCUAGUGGCUCGAGAUAUGACUCGAUUCCUAAACAACCAGAAGAAGAAGAAGACGACUAUCGAGAAGACGAAGAAGAUCAAACCACAAAUACCCCAGCACAAACGAAAACUUGUCAAUCUUUCAAGUUGUAACUAGCCAAUACAGAAGACUAGACACUUACUUUCUCAAAGGCAUGGAUUGUAGCUGCUUUGGUGCCUCGGUUGGAUAUCGUAGAAGGGGAGAUCAUGCUCGUGAUCAUCGUGCCUCACAAGGGCAACCACGCCGGAACAUAAGAACCUUCUCGUACAUUGAAUUGAGAACUGCUACAGAUGAUUUUCAUCCAAGCAAUAAGAUCGGGCGAGGAGGUUUUGGAACAGUUUACAAGGGAAUCCUCAAAGAUGGCACAAAAGUUGCUGUGAAGACUCUUUCUGCUGGAUCAAGGCAAGGAGUGCACGAAUUUUUCACAGAGAUUAAUACAAUGUCAAAUGUCAGGCAUCCAAACCUUGUUAAGUUGAUUGGAUGCCAUGGUGAAAGAAGUACCCGUAUUUUGGUCUACGAGUAUCUAGAAAACUACAGCCUUGAUGAUGCAUUAUUCGGUCCAACUGGUAGAACUGUAAAACUGGACUGGGAUAGAAGAUCUGCCAUUUGCCUGGGUACUGCUAGGGGUGUUGCGUAUCUCCAUGAGGAACACGUGCCUCAUAUAGUGCACAGGGACAUCAAAGCUAGUAAUAUACUUCUUGACAAAGACUUCAAGCCGAAGAUUGGAGACUUUGGGUUGGCUAAACUUUUCCCAGAUAACAUCACACACAUUAGCACGAAAAUAGCAGGAACAACUGGUUAUUUGGCACCUGAAUAUAGAAUGGGAGGUCAGUUAACAAUGAAGGCAGAUGUGUACAGCUUUGGAGUCCUCAUACUCGAACUAGUCAGUGGCAGACGCAGUGCAAUGGCAAACUGGGGAAGGACGCAGAUACUUCUCCUAGAAUGGGCAUGGCAGCUCUACGAAGAAGGGAAUCUCCUAGAGCUAGUGGACCCAGACCUGGAAUUCUUCCCGAAAGAAGAAGUCAUCAGAUACAUCAAAGUUGCCUUCUUCUGCACCCAAGCAGCAGCGAACCGAAGGCCGCUGAUGAGCCAGGUGGUUGAAAUGCUUUCAAAACCCGUUCGGCUGAACGAGAAGCUACUUACCACCCCAGGGCUCUUUCACGAUUCAGCCGACUCAAGUGGGAAGACAUCUUCGGAUAAAUCUAGUCUUCCGGAUGCUCCAGUAAUAUCCUACGAGAUGAGCUCCGACCCUGUGACCUUCACGCAGGUGACCCCUCGCUGAAGAUUCAAAUCUGUUUACCACUACUUCUACUUUUUUGGUGGUUUCAGGAUGGUGAAUAGGGUGACAAAAUUAGACGGAAGAGAAUCAAAGUCAUGAGGUUCUAACAGAGAUUAUUAUGUUAAGUCAGCUCUCUCAUUUCCCCUCUCAUCAUGAUUUGUUUCAUUGGACGUUUUAGCUGCCAUUAGUUUUGUGGGAUGAAUUUAGUGGCUUAAGAUC